ACCUCGGAAGCGAGUCAAGAUGGCGGAGGUCAGUCGUGAAAGGGCGGCCUGGUUGGGCCGCUGAAGCCGGCGGCAUCCCAUGGCCUUGUUGAGGGGCCUGAACAAGGGGACGGCGGCCCCCCUGCUGUGGGCGCCCCGGGCGGUGCUCUCCCGCCCGCCCCAGACGGCGGGCCUUUCGGGGACCGAAUCCGGGGGCGGCACAGGCCGGCCAGGCUCCGGUCCGCAGGGCUUGUACGACCUGCUGGGGGUCCCCCCGGGGGCCACGCAGGCGCAGAUCAAGACGGCAUACUACAAGCAGUCUUUUCUGUACCACCCGGACCGCAACGCCGGCAGCGAGGAGGCGGCGCGGCGCUUCACUCUCGUCAACGAGGCCUACCUGGUGCUGGGCAGCGUCGCCCUCCGAAGGAAGUACGACCGCGGCCUGCUCAGCAGGGAGGACCUGCGCACCGCCGGGAAGCCCUCGGGCAAGACAGCAGGGUCGUCGACCACCACCACCUCUUCAGCCACCAGGACGCGGCCCUUUGCCUCCACGUGGCCCCACAACAAACCCAUAUUCGACUUUGACAAGUUCUACCAGGCCCACUAUGGGGAGCAGCUGGAGCGUGAGCGCUUCAUCCGCGAGAAGCGACGGGAGAUGCAGAAGCGCAAGGCCGAGAUGGAAAACAUGUGGCGGCGGGAGCACCUGCAGGAGUUGCUGGUUGCCAUCACUUUCUUGUCAACUCUGAUCUUCCUGGUCAGCUUCAAGUGAGCAAGGAGGAGGAGAAGCUGGCAUGGCCAGGUGUCCCUUUGGGCUUGCCACUCCUGAGGGACUUCCUCCUGGAGCAGGCAGAACCGGCUAGGAGAAGCAUGUCCUCCCCAAAGGCUCUGGCUUCAAGGGGUACACAAAGCGUCCCUCACGAAGGCUGAUGCGGGCUCCCACCACGGCCAAACUUGGGGUGAUCUCUGCUUUCCUACAUGCCUCACUGUAAUCACCCAGAGAACAUAACAAACAAUUUCAGAAGGAUUUGGAGUGUUGCCAACCAACCCCCCCCCCACACAGUGCUGGGGAGCAAGACUCCAGAUGCCAUUUCCAAUGAUAAUAAAACCUUUAAAACGUGCUUUACUUUGCCUUAGAAAUCAAAGUGCAAGUGGGUUUAAUUUCCCACACCUAAUUGUACUGUGAGAAGUAGAUGGUAUUUAUGCAUGUCAAUGUAUUGGGCAUGGUGCUUCAGUUAGCAGGUGUCAUCUCUGUAGCUUGAAAUUCUCCCUUCCUCUGGGUGCGGGAGGGAGGGAUUUCAGGUCUACCUUUCCUUUCUUUCAUAGAGAUUCUGCUGACUAUUUCACUGGGGUGUCCCCUGCACUUGGGCCCAAAAAAGCUGCUCCACAACUUGAGCACUUAACAAACCUCUUUGGUUUGAUAAAGGAUGCAUCUGAAGAGAAGAAGGUUCUCAUUUGGAGUCUUUGUGGUGGCUUCUAAUAGUCUUUGGGGAAAUGCAUUCUCUUUUAUGAGGUAAACUGCUGUAGGAUUCACUCUUGCAGUUUGGAAUGUAAUGACGUGGCCACGGUGUUUUGAUCUGUAUAUCCAAAGGAUUCAAACCAAUCAUGUGAAUGAAAUUUAUUUUAAUAUGCUGUAUAAAGACACAAAGAAACAUUUAGGAACUGUCUCCUUGUCCUUCCAAGUCUUAAAGUGAAGCACUUAGAUGCUUUUGGAAACACAGCUGCCUGGUCCCCUCUUUGAUUGGUAAGGUAAAGGGGCCCCUGACCGUUAGGUCCAGUUGCAAAUGACUGGGGUUGCGGCGUUCAUCUCGCUUUACUGGCCAAGAGAGCCAGCAUACAGCUUCCGGGUCAUGUGGCCAGCAUGACCGAGCAGCUUUUGGCGAACCAGAGCAGUGCACAGAAAUGCAUUUAGCUUCCUGCUGGAGCGGUACCUAUUUAUCUACUUGCAUUUUGAGGUGCUUUCGAACUGCUAGGUGGGCAGGAGCUGGGACCAAACAACGGGCGCUCACCCUGUUGGAGCUCCCCAUCGCGGGGAUUUGAACCGCUGACCUUCCAAUCGGCAAGCCCUAGGCUCUGUGGUUUAGACCACAGUGCCACCCUUUGAUUGGUGUUGAGUUGUAAAAGUAAGCAACCAUUGUGUAGGGUUAUUUAGAAGGCCAAGAGAGGAGAGAGUAUUUGGUGAAUGUUAUUCCUGCUUCGCAGGGGUUUGGGAUAGAUGACCCUUUGACUCCCUUCAAACUCUAACAUGUUAUUCUUUGAAUACAUAUGGGUAGGUUUCACUGAAAUUGCAGGUGGGUUGAAGGUUGUGGGUCAGGCAAAGAAUUCUAGUAAAAGGUGAGUUCUUAGUAGGCUGUGGGAAGGGGAGAAACCCGCCCCCUUCUUCUCCCCAUAUUCUUUUCAUUCACCAUUCCUUCUUGUUAUUCCCUUUGAAGCAAGUUAGGAGAGGAGGGCAACCACCCUGAGCUGUGGUUGGUCCAGCUCAGCAACUCCCCUUGUGUUGAAAUUGUGUUUUUCCAAGCGCUGGGUUGCUGUUCCCGAGUGGUACAGCAGAGGGGGUCCUUGCACCAUUGUUCAGCUGACAGUGAAAGGAAACUGAUUUUCAUUUGGAAAGGAUAUCGUCAUCCCACAGCUAAAUAAGGGGGGAGUGGCUUGCUCAGCCAGGCUUGGUGAGGGAGCUCUUCUCACUGUUAGGUUGAUGGCAGGGAAGAAGUUUUUUUGGGGGGUGGCUGAUGAAGAAGCCUGAAACUAGCUGGGGAGCUAGUAGGAUAACUGGAUCACAAAACGAUGAAAGGUACCCGAUAGAAAUAUAGAUGAUUAUAUUGAUUUCUCCCUAAGUGAAAACCUCACCAGGCAACCAGCCCAUCCAUUCCAUUUGAGUAUUUGCAUCUGAUUCAGGGUGCUGCUGCUGCGGGGGGGGGGGGGGGCAUACAGACAAGAAUGCAAUUCUGACUGUCUUGGGCAGAAAAUAAGUGAAGCUCUUUGCUGAAUGCUAUCCCUGAUGAACUUGGCUGGUUAGCCACUGGGCCAGCAUCUGGCCUCUAAUCCCUACCUGGCCUGUGUGCCAAAUCCUGCCUCCCAGCUGCAACCCCCCACUGCAAAUUGAAUUAUUGUCCUUGGGUUUCUACUGAGGAUUGUACUUUAAUCUUCCUACACUUGAGUAUAUCCUCAUAGCUCAUAGUCUAGUUCCACUGCAGGGAAAGAUGCAUCUGUCAGAAUUCCUUCUCCUAACAGCAUGAAGCAAUAGUCAACAUAACUCCAGUUCUGCUUCUGAUGCUUUCUGUGCAGAGGAGGGCGAGCAAGAUGAUAUCAUUGUAGAGUUGGAAAGGGUAAUCUAGUCCAAACCCCUGUAAUGCAGGAAUAAAGGGUCUGGAAACAGAGCCUUACGAGGAACAGUUGAGGGAGUUGGGUAUGCUUAGCCUGGAGAAGAGAAGGCUUGAGGAAGAUGGAGCAAGCUGAUUUCUGCUGAUCCAGAGGGGAUGACCUGAACCAAUGGGUUCAAAUAACAGGAAAGGAAAUUCUGACGAAACCUUAGGAAGAACCUUCUGGUGGUAAGAGCUGUUUGACAGUGGAACAGACUCCCUUGGAAAGUGGUGUAAUCUCCUUCACUGGAGGUUUUUAAACAGGUUGGAUGGGCAUCUUUCAGGGAUUCUUUUGCUGUGUUUCCUGCAUUGCAGGGGGUUGGACUAGAUGACUUGAGGUCCUUUCUAAUCCUACAAUUCUUUGGUUUCAGCUUGAUUUUCAAGCGUGAAGCCUGAAGUCCCAGGAUUGGGUUUCCUCAGUGCUUUGGACCUCUUCUCCCCCAAGUUCACAAAAGCUAGCCCACAAAUUAAAGAAGAAAAAUGUGAUUGGGCUGCCAGCCUGUCCAUGACUGUUGGAUAUAACUCACAUCAGCCCCAGGCAGCAUGGGAAGGUGAAGGGAGCUGGGAGUCCAAAACAUCCCAAAGACUACGCAAGUUGAAGGAUAUUGACUUAGCAUGUAGGACCAGGGAGACCCAGGUUUAAAUCCCAUCCACCUUCAGCUAUGUAGUUCACUAGGUGACCUUCAGCCUCUCUCUCUCUCCCUCUCGCCCUCUCCUUCUGCCUGGCCUACCUCGUAGGGUUGUGCUGAAGAUAAAAUUCAGCAUGUAUGUGGAAGCGCCAUGUACGUAGCUCCUUAGAAUAUAUAUAUAUAGUAAAUAACCAAAUAAAAGCACCUGGAUGCCCCCCACAGGCCCCCCAGCCAUGCCACAGAGCCUGCAGAAAGGGAGUGGGUAUAUACUCCUUGUUGCAUGUGCUGCUUAUUUCAGCCCGGGGUGGGGGGUCCUCUGCGACACACCCCACACGAUCCUGACUGUCGGGUGAAGGCACAUCGCAGUUGCUAGGGCUCUUUGGAGAGGUUUGCAGAACAGCAAGACAUCCCUCUCUCACACACAGGAGGAGCUGGAUGCUGCUGUUGCCAGGGCAACGGGCGGCCCAUCAGCGAGCAGGAGAGCCUGGCUGGUCCUCUCCACCAAUCGCAGGGCCCGGCUGGCAUCCUAGAGACAGCGACUCUGCUGCCUGUAACCAGGGGUUACCCACUGGCAAAUGGGAAGCAGAUCUCUCUCCCCCCACCUUCCAGUCCCCCCCCCUCUCUGGGAAAGCGUUUGAUUUCCUAUUAACCUAAGCAGCUGGGGGGGGGGCUAAGAGGACCCCCUCCUCCCCAUCAGUGGUUACUUAGCAGCUAGUUCAUGAGCAUAAUAACCUGUCCCUGAAGGCUUGGUGGGAGUGGGGGGGGGGAACGGGACAGGAUCCAGCCAACUUAGUUCUCCAGCUAUGAUUCCAGCAAGAAAUGCUUGAUUUCUGAUGGGGGAGCCACCAGGAGCUCAAGGCAAGGCUGAAACUCCACUCUGUCCCUGGUUCCACACAGAGCUGCAUUAGCCUGAAUGAAGGGGAACAGAGUUUGUGCACCCAAAUCAGCAUUAUUUGGGGUUACUCCAAAUCACAGCCACAGCCUUAAUGUGUGCAUACACAAACACACAUAGAACUAUUUUCAAUAGAAACAGAGUAUUUAAUUAUGAGUGAUGACAUUCAAGCUCCCCCUAGCAUUUUCUCCAUGGAAUUUUUUUUUUAAGUUUGUGAAAAGGAAAGUGAGCUACCCAACAGCUCAUCCAUCUAUCUAUCUAUCUAUCUAUCUAUCCGUCUGUCUAUCAUCUAUCUAUCUAUCUAUCUAUCUAUCUAUCUAUCUAUCUAUCUAUCUAUCAUUAGCAUCCUUCUGUCUUGAGAGACAAGGGAGUGUGCUUCUGGGGGUGAAGUCACUGCUGCAUUAGCAGCACCAAAGUGACCUCCCCAGGGCACAAGUCUGGGCAGUGUAUAUGGAGGUCCUGGGCUGCCUAGAUGACAAGAAUAUCGCCUCUUGGCCUCGCUGAUAUGGUCCAAAGGAAAGCAGAGCAAGACAUUUGGCACCAGCUUGGCUGCUGGAGUUGCUGGAAGGAGGAGUACAAGGCACCAUCCAACCAUCUUAGGGACUUCACUCUGGAUUUGUGUAGGGUUUACUCCUUAGCCUUUUCUUCUCCCAGAUAUCCCACAAGGAAGCGGAAGUUUAGGAUCAGUCUUCCUUCUCCUAGAUGGAAGGUUGACAAGUCCCAAAACUGCCUUUGUGACAGUUUGGACCCACUAUUGGUUUUGUCUGUUCAAUCCACCAGAACCUGUUGUCACAUGCAAAGGAAGUCCCUAACUCACUGAGGGUUUGAGACCUAUUGGCUACCCUCACCUGGUUUAGCUGACCAAUUGAAGCUGUUCCUGGGGUAUGGCCAAUGUUUCAUGCUAACAGCUAAUAUGAGCCACAGGUGAGAGCUGAGUGCAAAGUGGGGACCAAUGGUGGAGAAACUACCCUAGAAGGAGCAUGGUGUACCCUUCUGCUAACACCUCAUAAACACAUAUAUGAAUGGCAAGCGAAACAUGCCCAAUUCCUUCAACCGUUCCUCAUAAGGCUUGGUUUCCAGGCCCUUUAUCACCCUGGUCACCCUUCUCUGCAAACCUCCUAGCUUCUCAAUAUCCUUCUUAAACUGGGGUGCCCAGAACUGAGCAAAGGAAUCUCACCAAAACAGAAUAUAGCAGUACUGUACAUUUCCUCAAUGAACUAAGUUACUCCCUCACUUGAGAGUAGACCUGAACAGGAGUCUGCAACAAAGAUCCUUUUAUUCUUCAGAGGCCAUACCCUUGUUGAACAUUUCUCUCCCUGCCCUCGUGUGAUGUAAAAAUAUAUUACUGAAUGUUAGGCCGUAUUUAUUGUGUUGAAUUAUUUUGCUCUUUAAUUCCUUAUUUGUGUUUCUUGAUUGAUGCCUGGUUUCUGCUCUUAAUAUCUGCUGGAGGUUUCGCUGUUAAUUAAGCACACAUUUCAUGGGUUGUUUUUUUUGGGGGGGGCAUCUUUUAAAACAUUCUGUCUUUCCAAGAAGCAGCCACUGCUUGUCUGACUGGGGAGAGCCUCGCCAAUAUUUUGUCUGGUGCUUCCCCCAAAACAGCAAACACGGCUGUGUUGUGCCGAGGCAAACGCUCACCCUGCCAGCCGGCUGUUCCUGCUAUAUUUGCAGGAGCUGUUGGUGAUGCGAAUUUCUGUUGUGAUUGAAUGUUCUGUUACUGUCUACCCUGGAGAGCGCCGGGCCUGUGGCCCAAGCCAUGCUAAUUUGUCAAGGCCUGGGCGCGAUCCGUUGGAACUUAAUACAGCAGGGAACCAGCCCCUCUCUAGAGGGUGUAUUGGCUUCCUGCCUCACAGGGGUGUUGUUAGGGUCACCCCAAGCACCUCCUGCCCUGGGUUUUUCACACUGAGCCUCGAAUAUUGUAUUAAUUUACAAAUCCCUGGACAAUUAAGUCCAGAGUUCCUCUGGGAUCACCUGAUCCCUUAAGAUAUCCCAGCUCGAUCAGUGAGAACAUCUGAAGGAGUCCUGUUGAUCAUUUCCAGAGCUGGUGGGGCUCAUAUGACAACAAUGAGAAGCCAAGACCUGUGGAACUCCCUGCCACUACAUACUCAGCAGGCCAACUUUUAAACACCUGUUGUUAACUUUUUUAUUCCACCAAGCCAAUGCAGGCUAUUAAGAAUAUAUCUUUCCACAAUGAUUUACUGAUGCUUGUUUUUAGCUUUUUCGUUUUUCACUUUUAUGCUUUUCCUGUCUGCUUUUAUGUUUUUAUUGCUGUAAACUGCUUUGCUAUAUUUUUACGGUAUACAAAUAUUUUUAUAAGUAAAUAAAACAAAUAUCCUUUU